AUGAUGUCGGCGGAUCAGCUCAGGGACGUCGACUGCCGCCUGCGACAGAUCACCCAGCGGGCCAGCGAACCCUUCGGCGGUCUGGACGUGAUUCUCUGCGGCGACCUGCGUCAGCUUCCGUCCGUGCGAGCGAGCGAGAUCUACAAGCGCUGCCGCAACGCCGACGGUCGGUCAGGUCGACGGCAGGUCGACCGCACGUUCUCGGACGUUCUCACCAAGAUCGGCGACGGACGCGCCUUGGAGGACGACGAAGUGGGGCUUCUCGAAAGCAGGUUCGUCACCGCCGAUCGCGCUCGAGAGUUGGCGCCAUCGGCUCUCCGGAUCUUCUACUCCAACAGGGAGGUGACGCUGUACAACGAGUCGGUUGCAAAGGCGGCGGCGGCGGAGGAGGAGGGCGGCGGCGGCGGCGCCGGCUACCACGUGCUGCGGGCCUGCGACUACUUUGUCGGUUCCAAGACGCCCCACUUGCUGGAAAACGCCAAGCGCAAGGUGGACAACAUGACGCUGACCGAGUUUGGAAACCUUGCGCGCGAAGUUCUCCUCGUCGUGGACAAGCCCUUCAUGCUCACCGUCAACGUGGACGUCGUCGACGGCCUCGUGAACGGCGCCGUGGGGACUCUCCGACUGUGCGAGUUUGAACAACAGCAACAACAACGAGAGCAACAACAACAACCCAAGCGUCUGUGGAUCCAGUUUGACGUUCCUGCGACCGGAAGGUUGACUCGCGCGCGCGCCAAACUCGCGUUGCACGAGGCCAAGAGCGCCGGAUACGCCGACGUCGCCCGCAACUCCGACUAUAUUCCCAUAGAGACGCAUUCCCUGACCUUCACCAUCGACCGCAAGGCCGGAAUAGCCUGCAAGCGAACCCAGUUCCCGAUCGUCCAAGCCAGCGCCAUCACCGUUCACAAGUCGCAGGGUGCCACGUACGCCUCGGUCGUCUACGAGUACUCGCGAACCCACCCUCAGAAGAAGAAGAAAAAAAAGAGAACAACAGAAGAGCAAUAA